UCAGAUUCCCGUGUCCCCGUAAUUCUUCACCAUCCUCAUGCCUAUUUCCGUCCAUUCUCGACCCUUAAAGAUGCGGCGAAACCUUGUUCAGUUCUUAUCUAUUACCAAAUUGGAAUGAUUCGUUCCUCACAGCUGUUUUCACCACCUGAAUUCCCAAAUCUACCAUCACCUGCUACCUUUUUGACUAUCUGCCACCUUUUGCCCUCCUCGUUCACUACACAAAUUUGUCCUUUUUGCUUUCCAUCCUCAUAAAGAUUGAUCAAGGGAUUUGCCUUUUUAACCAAAACCCUAGCCCAAUCUUUUUUUCCAGAAUCUGAUUCACAGAGUUCACGGUGCCAACGAUUUCAUCAAUGAUGAGCCGUUUCAGGAGAAUCGACAUCCUCGACCGUUAUUACUCUCCAUCUCUCUUUGUUAAUGAAACCUCCUUUUUCGCUCCCAUGCCCUUAGCUUUUCCCUCAUUGUUCGAAGAGGAACAUAAUCUUAGCUUUGCCCUCGACGUACUGAAUCCUUUAACUUGCUUUAGCCCUUUAGAAAUCUACGACAGCGUCACCGAUCUGGUCCAAAUUGAGAAAAUGCCGUCGUUCUGCUCAUACAGGAGGGUACAACGCCGAGUCGAGCCUGAGUUUUCUAUACAAACCUUGUGUGACCGAGUUACAGCGCUGGAGUCCAACUUCGACCGUCUCGUUAGCGCGAGGAUCGGCGGAGGGGACAGGAAGUACACGUGGAUGGCGGAGAUCAAGGGGCCGGUUGAGAGGAAGUACAAAUGGGUGGCGGAGAUCAAGGAUGGGAAGAAAAAAGCUGAGGAGAAAGAGAAGAAGUAUAAAUGGUCGGCUGAGAUUGAAGGGAAGGGAAUUGAUGGGCCUAUCUCGAAGAAAUACACGUUCACAGCGUCGGCUGGCGAUGCAGGUGAAUUUAGCAAAUCGGAGAAAAAGGAAAACAAUGAGAAGAAGCAUCAUAAAAAGGACAAGAAAGGAGGGAAUGACACGCGUAUAGUAGAGAUCGAAGAGCCGUCUGAUCAUGGUGUUGUCGUUCUAAGACAGGCUUUUGCUAAAAGAGCUGGUGUUAUUAGAAAUAAAAGGGGCAAGAAGAAGGAAUUGUCGCCACAGGAUGCUGCUUUGAUGAUCCAAGUAACGUUCAGAGCUUAUCUGAUUCGAAGAUCACAGGCUCUUCGUGCCCUUAGGGAGUUGGCAGUUGCCAAGUCUAAGCUGAAAGAGAUCAGAGCAUAUUUUAAUAACUUCUCCUACCGUCGUCAAGUAGCCCAGGAUGCAGAAGAACGUCAAAGGUUCUCUGAGAAAAUCAUUGUCCUGCUCCUUACUGUUGAUGCCAUUGAGGGAGCAGAUCUAAUGGUGAGAGCCGCAAAGAAGUCAAUGGUAGAUGAACUGGAAGCAAUGCUUGAUGUGGUGGAUCCUCAGCCCCCAGGGAAAUCACUGUCAAUGAGGAGGAGGACGUUUGACAUGCCAGAUGGCGUCAUCCAGAAAGAAAUUGCUGAGGGCGUGGCACAGGUUGUUGAAAUGUUUGAGAGUGAAGAGAACGCUACUGCUGUUUGAGGCAUUCUUGUAAAAAUGUUGUAACAUGACAAAAUCGUCCAUUUUUAUGGGUUCUUUGCCAGUCUGAUGUUUGGAAGAAUGCAGCUUUGUUUAUGACGUAUGGACCUGAAAUUUCUGUUUGCCUCUGUCUAUCUUAAGUGGCACUUAUGUUCUGCAUGAACAUCUUCGACUUGUUUGUUCCAUCUUUUGAAAAUGCUGGUACUUGUUUUUAACAUUUAAGCAAGA